GCGACCCGUCGGCUCCAGUCGCGAGGAUUCAAUAACGACAACAUUUGGACCAGCGGGCUUGAUCGAUUUAGCGAGUCGAUACCGAACAAUACAAACAUUCGCCGAGGCAGUCCUUGCUGCUUGCACCUCAAAGCUGUGCCCAGCACAUCUGAUCAACGCUUUUCGAUCGUCAAUUGGUGCAAAACGAGCCAUGGUCGUCAAAAUCCGUCUCGCCCGCUUCGGGCGGCCACACCAGCCCCUUUACAACAUUGUUGUUACCCAAGCCAGGACGGCACUUGGUUCGAAACCUAUGGAGGUGCUUGGCACCUACGACCCGAUUCCCAAGCCGGAUUCAUACGACAGCUCUGGCAAGCUGCACAAGGACAUCAGACUGGAUAUCACAAGAACAAAAUACUGGGUUGGUGUUGGAGCACAACCCACAGAUGUCGUGUGGAAGCUGUUGACCAUGCUGGGUAUACUAGAACCCAAACAAGCAGCAAAGCCCAAGUAUACGCCACCUCCCAGCUAUAAGCUGUCGUCGACCGGAAAGAGGAUUUCAUAAACGCGACGAGACUGUAAAACAACUCGCAACGCAUCCCCCAUGUUUAUACUUACCUGUACUAUUGCGACGGCACGGCAAUGUUUUAUAUAAUGUACAACAAAAAAAGUAGAAAUCUAUGAAAGCAUGGAUCAACGGCGUUUUGAUCGUCUUAGAAUCAUGAGCACCUCACUUGGCAAUAUUUGGCUACACCUUUUUGAAAGCAUGUGAAGGUAUGCGAGGGAUCCGGUCUAUGGAAUAACAUAUCAAUGAAGGUCGGUAUUCCC